CAUUACAAAAAAUUGUAUGAAUUUUAUUGCAAAUAGGUACUGAAAUAUUUUCAAACUUUGUAGGGUAUGUAUUUUGCUUUCUGGCAUCUGGCAACCUUGUAAUAUUUACGCAUUAUUUACGUUUUACAACUGUUCUAGAGGUUAGGUUUCUAUCGGCGGUCUUGCGUUUUAUUUUUCAAAGAAUUUAUUGAUUGAUUACCCGUAUUUCAAUUAAAAAUUCACAAUGUGCACUCCUACAAGGAUUAUAGCGGACAUUUUCACACCAUUUCAAGAUUACGUUAAUUCAGAGCAAGAAACCAGAGAGGAGAUUCGUAAAAUAAUGAAGGAUAUUGAGAAACCUUUAAGGGAAAUAAUAACGAUUUUACAAGUUAUUCAUCACGCAAAAGACAUUGAACAGGUUCAUGCAGCAAUUUUAAACGCCAGAAAAACCUUUGAAGAGGUACGCAAGGGUUAUGAUAUGUUGGAAAAAACUGUACCACCUGGUCAAUACUACAGAUACAAUGAUCACUGGAGAUUUGCAACUCAACGGUUAUGUUCUCUAGCUGCUUUGAUAGUUUUUCUAGAAAAAGGAAUACUGAUCAGUAAAGACACAACUGCUUCAAUUUUGGGAGUGGACAAUAAAUCCAAUAUUCAUCUUGAUCUUGAAGAUUUUCUGAUGGGAUUGCUUAACUUAGCAUCUGAACUGGCCAGAUAUGCAGUCAAUUCAGUAACUCUUGGAGAUUACCAAAAGCCCUUGCAAAUUUCAAAUUUUGUUGCGCAGUUGAAUGCAGGAUUCAGGCUUUUGAACUUGAAAAAUGAUUCCCUUCGCAAGAGGUUUGACGCUUUGAAAUAUGAUGUAAAAAAAAUAGAGGAGGUGGUCUAUGAUCUCUCAAUACGUGGAUUUGGUCAAAAUCAAGCUCCAUCUACCAGUAGUGAAGUAACAGUAGCUGAGUAAAACUUUUUAUCUUGUAACAUUAUUUAUUCUAUUACAUAAGAAUUAUGUUUUAGUUCAAAUAAAUAUGCAUCAGAAUAAUCAGUUAUAUUUUUAAGUAAUUUGUAUGUAAUCCCAAAAAUAAAUAAAUAAUACAUUUUUGAUAUA